AUGCACCUCGAGGCGCUCCCGACUGCGAUCUGCCUCGUCGGGUACGAGCACUGCAUCCACGUGACCUCCACCGAAGCCACAUGCGCGACCAUGUACCUGCUCGCGCUCGCGUGGAUCGUGACCACGUCGAUCCACCGGUCGCGCAACCUCCUCGAGCAUGGCCAUGCGACGCCGCUCCUGCCCGUGCGCCGCCUCCGCUGGUUCCCGACGCUCCUCACAGGCGCGUUUGCGUGUCGGGCGGCGUGGUUCAUCCUCCUCGACGUGCAUGCGUUCGAAGCCAAGAACGUCAACGGGACGUUCGAGCACACGUACGUGUACAACCCGUUUUUCGGUAUGGACAUGGACCUCUUCCCGCUGGGCGUCGCGCUCUGGGAGCACGUUGCGACGCUCUUGUACGUCUCGGCGUUCACGAUUCUCUUGCGGUUCUGGGACGACAUGCGCAACGUCACCGCCACGUCCGUGCGCCAGGAAAGUCGGUGGAUAGCACCGCGUCGAUCGAGCAAGAGCUACGUGGUUGUCAUCAACGUGUGGAUGUAUCUCGUCGAAGCCAUCCUCUUCUUGGCCGAGACGCUGCUGCCGAUGGCCAAGACGAAUCUCCUCAACAGCUCGCGCGACGUGAUCGAAUCGCUCUUCUACUUUGCACUCGCGUGUCUCUUGGUCCGUGGCGCGUACCGACUCAAGGUCGACUUGCAGUCGUUUGAGCUCUCGCCGCUAGCGCAGUCGCUCGGCACCCGCGUGUGGUGGCUCGGUCUCACGUGCGGCGUCUCGUUCCUCUUCAAGAGCUUCACCGGCUUUUACGUCGUAUCGUUUCCGCACCAAGCUGUGAACCCCUGGGUCUUGUACUCGCUGCCCGAGAUCCUACCGGCUCUGAUCGUUGUCGCCAUGAUGCGCGUACACAAGUACCUGCCCCGACGCGGCGAGUCGACGCCCCUUCUCCCGACAAAGCACAGCCCCGCGUUCCACGAAGAGCUCUUGACGUCGCCGCCCUUCAAGCAAUCGGUCAUGUGGCUCUAA